AGAUGUUUUUAAAAUAUUUUCAUGAAGUCGUAUCUCCAUGCAGCAGUCAAUCUAUUUUGUUUUGUUGUCAAAGAUCUAACCCAAUUUUACAUCAGUUAUCCUCAAAAUGUCUUUUCUAACAAGUUGGGCUAAAUAAGAGAAAAUUGAUGAGCUCAUGCUAGAAAAUCCAUAAUCAACAUUGGAAAAACAAAUCAAAAGCUGAAAAGGUCUUCUCAAGCAUCCAAGGGAAAGAAAGAAAAUACAUUUGUCUGGUUCCGCCACUAGUGUCGAAAUUCUAGCUGCAUUGGAUGGUAUUGGAUUCUAGAAAAAUCACACUGAAACUUAGAACCACAAUCAGUUCAAAAUAUGGUAGGACGUAUUCCCACCUGAUCUCAGAAUGUCUUGGGUAUUUUCCUGUAUAGCUCAAGUUCUCGUCUUGAUAAAGUCCUUGAGAUAUGUAGCAAGCAAUUGGAUUAUACUCCAAGAGACUUGGAUUAUACUCAUGUCUUCCUUCUUCGUAGAUUUAAGACCCAUGAACAGGUCAGCAACACACGUCGUGACAGAGUUUAUUCUCCUGGGAUUCCCUGGUUGCUGGAAGAUUCAGAUUUUCCUCUUCUCAUUGUUUUUGGUGAUUUAUGUCUUGACCUUGCUGGGAAAUGGAGCCAUCAUCUAUGCAGUGAGAUACAACCCACGACUACACACCCCCAUGUACUUUCUGCUGGGAAACUUUUCCUUCCUUGAGAUCUGGUAUGUGUCCUCCACUGUUCCUAACAUGCUAGCCAACAUUCUCUCCAAGACCAAAGCCAUCUCAUUUUCUGGGUGCUUCCUCCAGUUCUAUUUCUUCUUUUCACUGGGAACAACUGAAUGUCUCUUUCUGGCAGUAAUGGCUUAUGAUCGAUACCUGGCCAUCUGCCACCCACUGCAGUACCCCGCCAUCAUGACCGGAAGGUUCUGUGGUAAGCUGGUGUCUUUCUGUUGGCUCAUUGGAUUCCUUGGAUACCCAAUUCCCAUUUUCUUCAUCUCCCAACUCCCCUUCUGUGGUCCUAAUAUCAUUGAUCACUUCCUGUGUGACAUGGACCCAUUGAUGGCUCUAUCCUGUGCUCCAGCUCCCAUAACUGAAUGUAUUUUCUAUACUCAGAGCUCCCUUGUUCUCUUUUUCACUAGUAUAUACAUUCUUCGAUCCUAUAUCCUGUUGCUAAGAGCUGUUUUUCAGGUCCCUUCUGCAGCUGGUCGGAGAAAAGCCUUCUCUACCUGUGGUUCUCAUUUAGUUGUGGUAUCUCUUUUCUAUGGGACAGUCAUGGUAAUGUACGUAAGUCCUACAUAUGGCAUCCCAACUUUAUGGCAGAAGAUCCUCACACUGGUAUAUUCAGUAAUGACUCCUCUUUUUAAUCCUCUGAUCUAUAGUCUUCGUAAUAAGGACAUGAAACUCGCUCUGAGAAAUGUCCUGUUUGGAAUGAGAGUUCAUCAAAAUUCGUGAGCCAAAGAUGUGCCAUAUUUAUAAGUUCUAACGAAGAACAAGGUCGAGAUGUUGUCAGUUCUUUAGCAGUCUUUUAGUCCUCAGUCUGAGUAGUUAGAGGUUGUAUAUUUUACCUGGAAGUGUGCCCAGCUGAAAUACGU